UGGCCCAGAUAGGCGAAGCGUUGUCUUACUAGUGGCAGCUUUGGAACGCACUCGGCAUGCACAGUGAUACUUCAGUGUGAUAUACAUAGGCAGAACCUGGAAACACUUGCAUCGGUAUAUCAGCGCUGGCCAGAAGGCAUCGCGAAGGUACAACGUAUUCUACCAGUGCAGGUUUAAGAACGGAAGUCAAGGGCACCAAGAAUGAUUAUCCUGGACCCUUCCGAGCUCUACCGUCCAGAGCACAAGAAAAUGGAAGAUUUCAGGACGUACACAACAAACAAGGAUGACCCGCUUCAAGCCAGGGUAGCGAAGACCUACAAAGACAUGCACACUUUCCAGACUGUGGAGUUUGUCCAGAACCGGAUGGCUGAGUGGGGCAAGUUCAACAAGGCGCGCAUGCCCAUCAUGGAGGCCUUGGAGAAACUCAACGACCUGGUGGACGAAAGCGACCCCGACGUGGACAUCCCCAACAUUGUGCACGCCUUCCAGACUGCGGAGAAAAUUCGUGCCGCGCACCCACAGCAGGACUGGUUCCACCUCACGGGCCUCAUACACGACUUGGGGAAGGUGAUGGCGUUCUACGGUGAACCCCAGUGGGCAGUGGUGGGCGACACGUUCCCGGUUGGCUGUGCGUACCAGGACUCUAUCGUGUACCGAGACACGAGCUUCGUAGACAACCCAGACCUCACAGACAACCGUUACAACAGUCGCCUGGGCAUCUAUGCCAAGCACUGCGGACUCGAAAAGGUUUUGAUGUCAUGGGGCCAUGACGAGUACAUGUACCAGGUCCUGAAGAACCACGGAGCAACGCUUCCCGAUGAGGGCAUGUACAUGAUACGGUUCCACUCCUUCUACCCUUGGCACACUGGAGGCGACUACAUGGAGCUCUGCAACGACAAGGACAUGCGCAUGUUGCCUUGGGUCAGGGAGUUCAAUAAAUUUGACCUCUACUCAAAAUGCGAGGAUGUUCCUGACCUUGAGGCGCUGACGCCUUACUACCAGUCUCUGAUUGACAAGUACGUUCCCGGAAUUGUCUGCUGGUGAUGCCAGGAGAUACCGGGAGACUCCACCCGCGGCUGAGGCUGCCCUAAGGGGCUCGACUUCUUAACCACCGUUUUAGCUCUAGGCUCGUGCAUAGGCCAGGCCCUUCAUCUAAAGUCUGCGAUCACAUGCUAUUGAAUACUAGAGUCGUGGCUGUUAGUGUACAAUGAUUUUAGCAGUCAGCGCUACAUGCAAGUUGACACAUUUAAGCAUUGUUCUUGCCCUACGUGAGUUGUGCAGUGAUCUCAGGGUCGCGACGUCGCUGUUGCGUAACAUUUUACUCUUGCGCUUAUCAACGUUCAAGGUGCGUACACAAGUGUUCGGUAAACGACGCUCAGAUUUGAGGGUGCACAAACGAACGUGCAUAUAUACUUAUAAUUGGACACUUCUUUCCCCUUGGGAUCAGUGUUUAAGGGUGCCGUGUCGUUUUUGUUCUAGAACGCUGUGCGUAGUGCUGUUUAUAAAAUCACAUUUGCGACUUCCAGGCACACGAUACUUUCACGCACAUACAUGUCACAUAGAAUUUAGCACUUGUGAGACUUCGGGUGCAGAGCCUCAAAGACUAUUAAGGAGCCCCAUGUAGUUUUCGUUUUAGAAAGUUAUGCGCAGCGCUGUGUCCUAAAACGAAUCACGAGUGCUUUGCAGCAUCGGGAUGUGUAGCAAGAAUAACUUCUGUGAAGUUGUGCGGCACAUGUAUGACCAGGGCGAAGGUUCGUCAGUUUUAUUUUCAUGCCCAUCAUCAAAGACUGCCGGGGGCAGUUUCAUCAGUCAAGUUUUUUGGGGAGGGCAUAAAUGGGUGCAUGAUUCACAGUGUGACAUAAAAAAAUAUUUCAAACCACAACAAGACUGUGAACUCUUUCAUCAGACCUUUUUCAGCAGUCUCAACAAUGUCGAGUAAAGCUCAUGGCUUAGUUGCUCGGA